UGCGGAAGUGAGCAGCUUUUCGAGGAUGCUGAGUUCGGCGGCCGAGGGGCUUCUCCGGCAGGCCCGGGAGCUGCCCGAUGCCGAGCUGCUCCGGUUCUGCAGUCAGGCUGUGGCCCCUGAGCUGGGCCCCGCCACACUGGACUCCCUGCGGAGGCUGUACCUUAUCCUUGCCUCCAGCACGAAGGGCAGGAAGCUGGAGCUGGCCUUCCUGGGGCAGUUACAGGAGAUCCUGAGCUCGCCGGGGGCCCCGGGGCAGAUCCAGGCAUUGUGUGCGGCCAUCCUGUGUGACCUGGCCCCGUGUCCCCACCUCAGCCUCUCCUGGGAGGACAGGAAGCCCACUGACAUGGGGGCCUCGGUGAUGCUGGCCCAGGGCAACCUGGCGGAAGUGGCCUCUGCCGGGCAGCGCCUGUGCCACGCCAUGGAAGCUCGGGCCCCCGAGGGCCACAGUCUAAGACCUCUCCUCCCACUCCUAUUGAGAGCCGUCAGCGCCCAGCCCGACAGCCUGGAGGAAGAUCAGGUUAAUGUGGUGAAUAAGAAGCUUGCUGAUUGGCUGCGAUACACCAGCGUGCACCAAGCUGUGUCCCAGGCAUCGGGGGGGUUCUUCUCCGGCUCCCGCACCAAACAACCAGGGAUGGUAACCGAGGUGGAUGGCACGGUGGCCACGGACUUCUUCACGGUGCUGAGCUGCAGUCAGCAUUACACCGAGGAGCAGUGGCUGAACGUGUACGGCUUCUCCGUGCUGCGGAGCUGGCUGCUGCGUUACGGCACCGCCACGUCGGCCGCCUGCUCCGACGACAGGUCUGAGGUCGACGGCUCCGUGAUCUCCAUGGUCUCUGCCUCCUCUACGUCCAGCCGCUUGCUCCCCCCGCGAGAGAGGCUCCGAGAGAAGGCGUUCGAAUACUGCCUGCGGCUGGUGGAGCAGAGCAACCGGAAGCCCCUGAAAAAGAGCGACGCGGAUCUGCAGAAAGCCUGCCUGGUGGAAGCCGUGACCUUAAUGGACGUCAUGUGUAAGCAGGACGUGACCUACAUGUACCGCACCCUCCCCCUCCUGAAGAUCCUGCACGGACGCCUCUGCGCGGACCCCUCUCUGGCCAGCGCUCUGCUUCCCGUCGCUCAGUUCUUCCUGAAUCACAGCGAAGCGGCUGCCGUGGACUCAGAAGCCGUGUACAGACACUUAUUCUCCAAGGUCCCGGCUGAGCUCUUUCACCGCCCGCUCUUGGCUUUUCAGUUUGUCCGGUUCUGCCGCGAUAACCGCUGCUUCCUGGCAGAGAACGUCGACGCGUUUAGAGAGAGCUUUCCUGGCCUCCUGAAGUUUGUGGCGUGGAACGGCCCCCCUCUCGUCUCGGAGUUCGUGGCGUUGCUUCCGUCUCUCGUCGUCUCUGAUUCCGCUGUUGAGAUGCUUCAUUGUCUGCUUGACCUGCCGUGCCUCGCGGGCGCGUUGGAGAUCCAGCGCAGCUCUGCCUCGCCAUCGGAGAAAUGCAUCGUGGAUCCCAGCGUGGCCCCCCAUAGCUCUGCAGAGGCCUCCCGUCACCCAGCCUACAAAGGGAUGUUCCAGUACCUCCUGCGGAACGAGGCCUGGUCGAGGCCACCGCCGGAAGGCUUCUCUCGCUUACGGAAGGUCUUGGCUGAUACAUGCGCGUCUGCUCGUGUCCGGCAGUGCGUGCAGAUCGUGCCGUGUCUCCUCCGGCAGUACGCCCGCACCGUAAUGACGUUUGCCGACGGGCCUCUGAUAAAUACGUUGGUUCUGACGUUUCUGGAACGCAGCGGGGACCUCUACGAGUCGGCCGAGUUCCAGGCCCAGGUUCAGCGGCUCCUGAGCUCUUACGUCCCUCGCCUCUGCCGCUCGCAUCCUUCUGUGGUUGUGGAACUUUCCCGGGAGCUGCUGGAGUUCGUUGGGACGGUCAGCCACGUCCAGAGCAAGGAGCCCUUCUUCACGCACGUGGUGUGGGCCAUCGGCGAGUAUCUGUCUGUCUCCUAUGACAGGCGCUGCACCGUGGAGCAGGUCAACAGGUUCUUCGAGGUUCUGGAAGCUUUGCUUUUCGAGAUCACGCAAGUUCGUGGGACAGGGGCCGCUCCUGUGGCCUCCCCACGUGUUAUCACCACGCUUAUGACAACGCUUGCUAAGCUGGCAUCCCGGAGCCAGGACCUGAUCCCCAGGGUGUCUCUGUACCUGACCAAGAUGUGCUCCUGUGUGCAGCGCUCAGCCAUGAUCUCUGCGUAUGGAGAAGAAGACAGCGAACAGAUCCUUGUCCGCGCCACGGAGCUCCUGAGGCUUCUCAAAGUGCCGAGCGUGGCCCAGUUUGUGCUGACGCCCUCCCCGGAUGUCAGGCGUGCCAGCUAUCACCGCGACGUGUGCUCCUCUCUGCCGCUCGCACUGCGCGCCACCAGCCGCCUCCUGCAGAAAGACGAGUGA